CCCGGAAGUAACCGGCGGAGUUGCGCAGGAGGCGGUGGCGGGGCCUUAGCGAACGGCAGCAGUGGUAGCAAUAACAACAACAACAACGGCGGCGGCGGCAUUAGCGUGGAAAAAGUCAUGGAAGGAAGACCAUCACCUUCAAGUCGUGUCAGUUUUCGUAUACCAAAGAAGAAACCAAACAACAAGUCAGAGGAUGUUCAAGUUCAGUCCCCUUUGGCAAGGCUCCCAGGCUCUCAGCAUUGGGACUACCCUUUAAGAGAGUGGCGAUUAAGUGCCAGCAACAGAGAGACUUCUACAAAAGGAAGAAGGCAAAGGGACUGUGAUAGAUGCAGCUCUAAUGAUGAAGAACCAAUUGGGCAACCCAAAGUUAUCUUGACGAAUGUCCUGAGGACGAAAAUAGGAAGAAAAUACACACAAGCACAACCUAAAACUGAUGCUAAUUUUUCUGAUGCUGGCAAGCUGCAGUCAAAUCAACCACCCUCAUCAUCUGUUGCCAGCCUAAAGAUAUGGCAAAUUUUAAACCCUGCUCUCCACAGCCCUUUUCUGUCUAAAAGGCAACCUCAAGUUAUCUUGACGAAUGUCCUGAGGACGAGAAUUGGAAGGAAAUACGUGGACAGUCACAUAUUAAUUGAUUCUAAUUUAUCUGAUGCUGAGAAAUUACAAUUGGGUCAACUAGCUUCAUCAUCUGUUGCCAGCGCACAAACAUGUCAAAUAUUAAGUUCUCCUCAUGAAAGUUCUUUUCUGUCUGAAAGGUCAGAGCAUUGCUUGACAAAGUCAGAUGGCAAUCUUUCUAAGGAACCAGAAAGAGGUAACGUUGUCUUGACUUUUAGAAGACGAAAGCUGGAGAAGAAAGAAAACAAGAGCUCUGAUGAACUGGAUAAGAAGAGAAAAAACAUGAACACUACCUCUCCUAGUUGGAAGGGAUCAAGCUCUUUGGAUUCUGAGAAAAGGAAAAGAAGAUUUAGUGGCCAUAUUUCUGAUGAUUGUAAAGAACACAUUCCAGAAAAAUUGCUUCUACAGUCUAAAGAGCAAAGAUUAAGUUCAACUCGCUCUUCUGGCUGCAGAAUUCCCUGUGAGAAUGAACAAGAUCACAAAUCUAACCUGGUGCAGGAUUGCUUUGCUCAGACAUUGGAGAGAAACUGUAAAGGCACUCCUACCAGUAAGCAAUUAAGACCUGUUCACCGCUGUUCAGAGGAGGCUGGCUCUGAGUCUCCUUCCAGAAACUUGUCAGAAAAGCAGCUUACCACUAGUGUUUCACCUCGAGUUAGUACCAUCAGAAAGGUAAACAUGGACACAUCACAGUACGUGAACAAGUUGAAGAACAGAAUCUGCAGGAGUAAUCGGCCACUUGUUUCAGCUGAUCCAAUUGUCCUCUCCAGUGAUGAUGAAGACAGAUCUUCUGAACCAAAGGAUGAAGAAGGACUUUCUGAACCAAAAUGCAUGGAACAACUGCAGGAUAGUAUUACUGAUGUUCAAGAAAUAGACCAACAGUCUGAUGACCAUUUCUCUGAAAAGCUAUUGGAAGAUAAUGUGGAAAGUCACACAGAACAGCUUUUAACAAAGUCAGAUGAAGAUAAAUGUCCUUCCAACUUGCCUUCUGGAACCAUACAUAGUGAACAAAUGAAACCAAGAUUAGACUUUGAAUUUGAAAGCCUGUACAUUGGGAAUUUUAAAUGGUCAUCAACAGGUCCUGUUAGGUUUAUGACCAAGUAUAUUACAAUACCAUUUCAAGUGGCACUUAAUAAGAAUAUUAAGUUGGCUGUGGAUACCUUGGAUGUGAGAAGGUUUGGCUUGUGGAAAAAUGAUGGUGGCUGUUCUUCAACAACAAUAAUUUUCAUUUGGUUGUCUGUGGAUUAUUUAGAAAAGAUUGAAACCCAAUUAGGAAAACGUGUUAGCAGCGAACCAUCCAAGUCUAGUGAAUUUAUUUUUCUUGAACUGUCCCAACCACUCACAGAACAAGAAGUCGUCAGGCUGUCUGAAUUAAUUACAGAGAUAAGCAAGAAAAACAGAGCGCCAGAUCUCCCUGAAUUGUUGUCUUUCAAGCAAGCAUUACUCUUGUUUAAGGACUUGUCUCCUGAAGAGAGCUCUUUUAUAAGUUCCAGUGAGGAUCUGCUAAAGCAGUGUGCAACAAAAGAGAGUAUCUCGUUUGCUCAAGAGCCUACAUUUCAGAAACCAAAACCAAAAGUGGCCAGGCCCAGUUACGCCCUUGCGAAUAAGCAGAAUAGUGGUUGCUACUCUAUCUCUCUAUCUUCUGCACUGAAUGAAGAAUGGAAAGAAGUAGGAGAAUCUGGAGCAGUUAAGAAUCUGAUUGUUUAUCCACCCCCACCUGCAAAAGGAGGACUUGGAGUCACAAGAGAAGACCUAAAAUGCUUAGAAUACGGAGAGUUUCUUAAUGAUGUCAUCAUUGAUUUCUAUCUUAAAUACCUGUUGUUGGAGAAGGCACCAAAGCAUCUUGCUGAGCGUACACACAUUUUUAGCAGCUUCUUCUAUAAAUGUCUGACGAGGACAGAAAAAUUCUCUGAGGAAGAUCCCAAAGUUUCAGUGGCACAAAGAAGACACAAAAGAGUAAGAACAUGGACUCGUCACAUAAACAUCUUCAGUAAAGAUUAUAUCUUCGUGCCUGUGAAUGAGGAGUCUCAUUGGUACAUUGCAGUUAUCUGUUUUCCUUGGUUAGAAGAAACUGUAUAUGAAGAGUGUCCUCAUCAGAAUUCAUUUAAUCUAUCUCCACUUCAGUCAGAGAACAAGAGUGAUGACUCUGUAAUUGGUUCAGUGUUGGCCUAUCCUGAAGAAGAAACGGAUGCAAACAGAUUUUUUUUCUCCAAAGGUGGCAAUGAAUCUGCUGAUUCUGCCUCAGUCCUGGAUUCAGGUAUUUCUAAAAUCUCCCUAAAUAAUUCCAAAAGGCAAAUUUGUAAAAGGCCUUGUAUACUGAUCUUAGAUUCUUUGAAGGCUGGUUCUGUGCAGAAGACAGUUCAGAUUUUGAGAGAGUACCUUGAAGUAGAAUGGGAAGCUAAACGAAAAACACAUCGUGAAUUCAGUAAAUCAACAAUGAUUGACUUUUAUCCAAGAGUGCCUAAACAAGAUAAUAGUAGUGACUGUGGGGUGUAUUUGCUACAAUAUGUGGAAAGCUUCUUCCAGAAUCCCAUAGUUGACUUUGAACAGCCAGUGCAUCUGGAGAAGUGGUUUCCUCGUCAGCUGAUUAGAAGCAAAAGAGAAGAAAUCCAAGACCUGAUCUUGCAAUUGCACUAACAGCUCAGAGGCAGCAGAAGCUAAUAAAUCCCAUCUACCAGAACUGGC